AAGAAAAAAAUCCAACUCGACCGACAAACAAAACGGGACUUCACAUUGAUUUUCGCUUUUGGCGAGCGUACAAUCUUCAGUUCGUGACUUUCAGUAUAGUAAGCGAAUACUAAGAAAACUAAGAACUACUUAGCACAUAUCAGUUUGCAGUUUGCAGUUUAUGUUUGAAUAUACAAAGUGAUAAACUUAUAUACCUACAUAUUAAUAUAGUUGUUCAGUAAAUUAUCAAGUGUUUGUACUUAUUCAACAUCGCAUGAGAUAUAUGUAUGUACAUAUGUAUAUGUAUGUACAUAUUUACUUAUGUACAUACAGUAUGUUUUAUCAGAGUUUGGCUUAUGCACAUACACAAUGAAUACUCUUUAUGUAUGUAUGUGCAUCUAUAAGUAGUGCCAAUUAAAUAUACAAUGAGGACUAGUUUCUCCUCUAGAAUGUCAUGGGUUUAUAAAUAUUGUUUUGAUAACGAUUUGUUUAUUUGCUUUUCAAUACAAACGUGCAAAUGUCAGCAGAUUCAAGCUAGGCAAUACCGUUAUGUAUGUCUCUCAAUCUGAUUGGGUGUCUUGAUUUCCAUCUUUAUAAAAAAGUUGGACUCUAUACAAAUGUAAACAAAGCUCUGUCAGUAAAAAUAAACAAAAGAUUAAUGCGCAUUUAAGAUACAGAAAGAUGUACAUACAUUUGUAUAUAUAUGUAUGUGAGGCCUGAAUUGCAAAGCAUAUAAAUAUUUAUAUAUAACUCUCAAAAUGUCUGUCGGUGGAAAGUUCAUCUUUGAUUUUCAAAAGCUAGUGGAAACCUUCACUAAGAUCUGUCCAGACUUCACCGAAGAGCCAAGCUAUGCAAAGGCAACGGUGAGUCGCCGUUUCGCAGAGCAAAUAAUUUUCGAGUACAGCAAGCAACUGAAAGAGGCCAAGGCGCGAAAGAACAACAGAACUUGGAGAUUUCUGCUGGAUGACCAGUCUGUAAGGCACUCGUUGAUCAUAUCUAUGUAUACCAAAAAUACAAAGCAGCCGCAACAGCCUGUCCUGGUAGAUGGUUGUCUGGAGCUAACCUUUAAGGAGGCCAGUCUAUUGGCGGUGGCAAAGUAUUGUCAAAUAGUGCCACAUCUCGUUGAGCGCGAGGAGAUUGUGCUCACUCCGUUAGCCGGUGCCGCAUUCGCCAAGGAUGACAUGCCCAAGCUGGCAGCUGCUUUAGAGGAGCCGCUGUCUCAACUGCUAAUGGCCGUCAUCAGUAGCUGUCAAACUGACGGGUACCACCUGGAGCACAGUCGUUGUUACAUUGCAGUCGCUGCGCUAACCAGAACGGUCGCAGAUCUGAAACUGCGUGCCACUUUGGUUAAGGAUUGCAUUAAAAUGUACCAGCUACAUGGCAAAGACUUUGACAUUGUAAAAUUUGAAAUUUGUAGCAAGUUUUUGAAAUCCCCUACUAUUGUUCGCGCUUCAAAUAAUGUUGAAAUAGAUAAGUUGGUAUCGGAAAUAAUGGCAUUUAAUAUGACUGACGACUCAAGUGAGUCAUGUAAUAAGCGCCAAAAACCUAAACCUAUGAGAUGUGCUGCACUUUUUACCGGUCCGAUUAAGAAUAAUGACAACUAAUGCGCUCUAGUAAGGGAAAACAACUUAAAUGACGUUGAGUUUUUGUAUCAGGUACAUUUUCUUAAAAGAUUUUGUUCCUUCUUCAUAUUUACAAAAAAAAGAAAGCGGUUACAAAUGUAUAAGCUAUACAAAAUAAAAUAUUUAUUCAUAAGCGCAUUAUAAAUGUAUUUUAGCUAUCCUAUUGUUAACUGUUUCAAAUUUUACAAAGAAAAAACCAAACAAAAUUCUAUAAAAAUGUAUACAACUAACAUAUUUUCAAUAAAUGCAUCUGAAAGGUUGCUAAAUAAA